AUGAAUCUUCCGUGCUACAAGAAAGCAGAGUCCGUUGAAUGUUCAAAUACAUGUGAGAAGAUACUGAAGUGUGGUCACAAAUGUCCAAACCGAUGUGGCGAUCCAUGUCCAAGUAGCAACCCUAAGAAGACAGACACUUACUAUGACUGGAAUGAUGAUGGCAACAGUUCAUCUGAACAAGAUGACCUCUAUGUCAGAAAAUGCCAACAGUUUGUGAACAAAAAGAUACCUUCUUGCGGUCACGUCAUAGAAAGUCCAUGCUAUAAAAGCGUUGAAUCACUGGUAUGCCCAAAGCCCUGUGAGAAGAUUCUUCCAUGUGGUCAUCAAUGCGAAAACAAAUGUGGGGAGCCGUGCCCGAACGAAGAAUGUACAUCCAGUGACGACGAAGAGGAAAUGAAUGAAAACGAAUUUGUAAAACAGAAAUGCCAAGUCACCGUUUCCAAGCAGCUACCUGACUGCUGGCAUUUCAUGAAUCUUCCUUGCUACAAGAAAGCAGAGUCCGUUGAUUGUUCAAAUCCCUGUGAGAAGAUACUGAAGUGUGGUCACAAAUGCCCAAAUGAAUGUGGUGAGACGUGUCCAAGUAGCAACCCUAAGAAGACAGACACUUACUAUGACUGGAAUGAUGAUGGCAACAGUUCAUCUGAACAAGAUGACCUCUAUGUCAGAAAAUGCCAACAGUUUGUGAACAAAAAGAUACCUUCUUGCGGUCACGUCAUAGAAAGUCCAUGCUAUAAAAGCGUUGAAUCACUGGUAUGCCCAAAGCCCUGUGAGAAGAUUCUUCCAUGUGGUCAUCAAUGCGAAAACAAAUGUGGGGAGCCGUGCCCGAACGAAGAAUGUACAUCCAGUGACGACGAAGAGGAAAUGAAUGAAAACGAAUUUGUAAAACAGAAAUGCCAAGUCACCGUUUCCAAGCAGCUACCUGACUGCUGGCAUUUCAUGAAUCUUCCUUGCUACAAGAAAGCAGAGUCCGUUGAUUGUUCAAAUCCCUGUGAGAAGAUACUGAAGUGUGGUCACAAAUGCCCAAAUGAAUGUGGUGAGACGUGUCUUGAGUCAGAACAGUGUGACGCGCUUGUGGAAAGGAACCUUUCUGGUUGUGGUCACAAAGUAGAAACUAACUGUUGCAGAAAUGUCAAACUAAUCACUUGCAGAGAGAAAUGUGACAAGGUUUUGCCGUGCGGUCAUGUAAUCAAAUUGGCCUGCUGGAAAACAUCUUAUUCUGCAGCUAUUACUAGUUGUCAGGAACUGUGCAGUCAUUUACUUCAUUGUGGUCACAACUGUCCCGGUACAUGUGGUUCCUGUGCAGGACCUGGUGGAGCACAUAAAGUUUGCAAUAACAAAUGUGGAACUCUCCUUCUUUGUGGACAUAGGUGCUCGGAAAUGUGCUGUGAUCAUGAGCUCUGUUUACCACACAAACUUUGCAAUAAUUCUUCAAAGCGAUUUCCCCCAAAAUCCACGAAGAGUUUCAGAUGUAAGCAUCGGAGCAAAGCACGUACCACUUCUUGCAACCUUCCAUGCAUCCAAAAACUUCGUUGCAAUCAUUUCUGUCUUGGUGUUUGUGGUGAACCCUGUCCACCUGUUUGUCGUAUCUGUCACAAAAAGGAUGUCGCUGACAAAUAUCCUCCGGGACCCAUCCGUCCGAAGGAAACAUUCAUAUACCUUGAAGACUGUGGACAUCUUUGUGAAACACGGUUUCUUGAUGAAAUGUUUGCAGGUUUCCAGCCAUCUGGAACAAGCUUUGUGCAGAUCCAACCAGCUCUGUGCCCUAAAUGCCAUACACCAAUUCGUACAUGUCCACGUUAUGAAGACGCCCUUCGCACAAUCAAAGAGUCAGUAGACAUAGCCAGAGAGAAAUGUAACCAAGACCGAUUUGUUAAGCUUUCUUUUGCUGUGGGUGGGUGGAUGAGGUGUCCGGAAGGUCAUCUUUUCUGUCAAGACAAAGCAUCAGAUGAUUUACUUUGCCCUGAUUGCUCUUCCUACUAGCAAUCAGAAUCUUCAAGCGAUGACAUGAAAUAUUGUGAAUGAGGACCAAUGCAAACACUAUGGGAAGCAUACGUUUAAUGACAGUGGACACUAUUGGUAAUUGUCAAAGACCAGUCUUUUCACUUGGUGUAUAUCCACACAUGCA